CCCUCCUGGCUCCUAAGUUAAUUUUCGUCGCCUUCAUGAAUACCGUAACAAAGUGAAUUCCUUCAAUUGUAAUAAUUAUUAUCAUUGAGUGUUUGUGAUAUUGGGAUAAAAUAGGAAUAAUAUGCAGGCUAUAAAGUGUGUUGUCGUCGGCGACGGUGCCGUCGGUAAAACAUGCCUGCUAAUCAGUUACACAACAAAUGCCUUCCCAGGAGAAUAUAUUCCAACAGUCUUUGACAAUUAUUCUGCAAAUGUCAUGGUAGAUGGCAAACCAAUCAAUCUAGGACUCUGGGAUACUGCAGGUCAAGAAGAUUACGACAGAUUGCGGCCUCUUUCUUACCCACAGACAGACGUUUUCCUGAUAUGCUUUUCACUAGUUAAUCCAGCAUCAUUUGAAAAUGUUAGAGCUAAAUGGUAUCCAGAAGUACGGCAUCACAGUCCUACAAAACCAAUCAUACUGGUCGGCACAAAGCUGGAUCUACGUGAGGACAAAGAAACGAUAGAGAAAUUGAAGGAAAAGAAACUUGCACCUAUUCAAUACCCACAGGGUCUAUCCAUGGCAAAAGAAAUUAAGUCUGUCAAGUACCUUGAAUGCAGUGCUUUAACGCAAAAAGGUCUUAAAACAGUUUUUGACGAGGCAAUCCGAGCUGUGUUAGUUCCUCCACCUCCGAUGAAAAAGCAGAAGCCAUGUGUGCUUCUGUAACAAAAAUCUUCUCGUUAAACAUCCUGCAUCCCGCCUCUCCUUUACUUAAUUGUACAUUUUCUCUUUUUUCCACUUAUUACUCUUGCUCUCCGCUUUGAACUAGAUUAUAAUUUUGUAACAAAUUGUUGUUUAUACAAAUCUGAAAAUUUUGUCUCCUGAAUUUUCCUAAUUUUGACCAUCAAUUCCUGAGCAUUGAAUUUUUAAACUUGGACUUACUAAUUUUGUCAUUAUUCACCAUUGGCGGAAUGCUCACCUAAUCAAUGUUCAAAGUAGUAAACAAAGUGUGCUGUCGCCUCACACAAAGAGUCUAGCAAAGUAUAUAAGUUGCCUGUAUGCAUGAAUAUUAAGGGUGCUGUGCAAUAUCAGCUAAGCAAAGAUGAACCAACUGCUUAACUGAAAUUUCACAAUAUUUUCAGAAAUGAACCUCAUGAAAUUCAUUAGAAAUACAUGUUCACUGCAAUGAGACGGAAUUGAUCUUAUUAAGCAACUUAAAGUCAAAAAUAGUGAAGGAUAUGAUGGGUCAAGGACAAAAGUGUCGUUUCUCUGUUAUUUCAUUACAAUGUUAUACAUAUAUAUAUAUUUUUUAAUUUUACUAUUCCAUUUGCUGGCAAUGCAUUUUUUAUUGUUAAACCCAUUCUUCUGGGACCCGGGCCUCAAUCUUUUACACGACCCCUGAUGGUUUGAAUGAUUUUAUUUUCUCCACUUAAAAUUGAGUGUAUAAAGGCAAGUGGUUAAAGGUUGCUGAAAGUGAGCUUAAGGCUCAUCCUCAUCAUAAGCACUUUUUUGCUUAUUUAUUAUUUAUUUUCAAGGAAGAGAAGGAUAUGUAUAUAGGGCCCGCUUUGCAAUGGAAAGAACUUAAAACCCUUUAUUCUAAUGUUUUGAAAGACCUUCACAAGAGAAUUUGAGACUAUUAUGAGGUGUGCCAGUUAAGAUUUAAUAAUCUUCAGAAACACAUUUUUUCGUACAAUUUCUCUUUAAAAACCAAUAUUAUUCUUGCAUACAACAUUUUCUAAUCGCCCCCUCAACUGCUAGUAUUAACUGAAAUAAUAGCUUUCACUAAACUACAGCUCUCUUUCUUGAAAUGUGUGAAAGAAGCUCAUAUCAACACGAAAA